GAUCCCGCCAGUCGCGAGACGGCUUUUUGAUGUGGUUAUUUUAUAUUUCAAGACGCUUUAAAGGAACUGCCACCGUCUCGUGGUGGCGGACGCCAUGACGGGCCGUAAAUUCUCUAAAGAGAAGAAGCGACAUCGUUCCCGUUUAAGCGGCCCAGAGGAAGGAGGUGGUAGCGAAAGAAAACGGCGGAGCACUGAGGCAACCCGCGGCCUUCCGGAGGAAACCAAGUGUAUUGCUCAGGUUCCAGAAAAGAAAGAUGUGGUAGAAGAGCCCAGUGACAUAGAAGAAGGUGGAUUAGAUCUGACUAUCCAAUUAAAGCCUGUCAGUUUCUAUAUUACGGACAAGAAGGAAAUGCUUCAGCAAUGCUUUUAUAUCAUAGGGGAGAAGAAAUUGCAGAAGAUGUUGCCUGAUGUUUUAAAGAACUGUUCUAUAGAAGAAAUUAAAAGGCUUUGUCUUGAACAAUUGGACCUUAUGUCUGAAAAGAAGUUACUGAAAAUUCUUGAAGGUGAGAGUGGGGCAGAUUCUGACAGUGAUGAGGAGACCAAUGAUGCUGAAGAAAAGACAAUAGUUGAACCAGCCAGUCAGCAAGACAAUAGCAUAGAUUCUACUUCUUCUUUGAAGGAAGAAAACAAAUUGGAAGGGCUGGAUUCAAAACAAGAGAAUUGGCAAUAUGGUUCCCCGGUGUACCCCAUCCAGAGCUACAUUUCCCAAGGCAAAGGAGAAGAUAGCGAUAUUCUCAGCAUCAAUGCAGAUGCAUACGACAGUGACAUCGAAGGACCAUGCAACGAAGAAGAUAAUCCAGAUGUGCCAGAACGGACAGUUGGAAGUGGAGACGGUCAGAUAGAUGACCUUCAGAAAGACAUUGAGAAAAGUGUCAACGAAAUCCUGGGGCUUGCUGAAUCCUCCCCAAAGGAUCCCAAGGCGGCAGCUUUAGCAGUUCCUCCAACAGAUGAUGUUCAGCCAUCAGCACAGCAGCUGGAACUCCUGGAGCUUGAGAUGCGAGCGCGGGCUAUUAAGGCCCUUAUGAAAGCUGGAGAUGUAAAAAAAUAGCUGCAGGGCUGUUUCAUUUGUUAGAUAGUUGGAUUUGCUCUGAUGAGUGUAGGGUCAGCUUCUUUCCACUCUAUGGUCUAUUUGGACUAGUUUUGACAUUCCUCAUUCAAGCACUUUGGGCAUUCUAGCUCAUAGCCGAAAUAGUUGGCAGCGGUUUAUGAGGGCCGUCAAUCUGCUUCUGUGACUUAUAUAAAUGGAUUGGUUUGAUGCUGUCCUUAUUUUCCAGUUCGGGUUAGAUUAUUUCCCAAUGUGAAUUGGAAACCAGAGUCAGAGGCAGUAUGGAUGCAGUUAAAUCCUGUUGCUCUAUAGACCAGAAUAAUCCCAGGGUUAUCUCUAGCUUUUGAGGAAUUGAAGCUUUGGUUGCGUUUAGAUAGCAGCUAUAUAUCUGCAGGGAAGUAAAACAUAGAAGCACCACGCAUUUAGGAGGGUACAGACCACAAGAAUAUCUUGUGUCGUCGUCGUCAUCAUCAUCAUCAUCAUCAUCAUCAUCAUCAUUUAUGAUGCUUUGUGAUUGCUUUGGUGCCAGCAACAAAUGUUCAUAAUUCUAUGGUUUGAAAUUAAAUUUAAUUCAUGUCCCUCUUAACGGUGAUUUUGGAUAUCUGUCUGUUAUCUUAAAUUCUAUACAGGCAGUCCUUGACUAAUGACCACUUCUUCAGUGACUGUUCAAAAUUACAGUGAUGAUGAAUGAGGGGGGACCUAUGAUGAGUCCAUGAAGUUGCAGUCAUUGCAGCAUCCAUGUGGUCAUGUGAUCUCAAUGAAGGUGCUCAAGCACCUGGGCAAGAUGCAGUCACAUGAUCACCAUUUGCAACCUUUCCUGCCAGCUUCCCACAAGCAAAGUCAAUGGGGAAGCUGGCAGAGAAGAUCACAAAUAAUUGUGUAAAUUGCUCUUGCUACUUUUUCUCCCGAGGAAUCCCACUAGGGAGUAUGAGAUACCAGGGAUUUUGUACUUCAUAGCAUUUCCCCAGCCACCCCCUCCAGUACUUAGUCCUGGCUCCUGCCAGGCAGCCCACCACUCCCUGGUGCCCUCCUGCAGUAUCCUCCAUGCUCCUUAUCUGGGAUUCCUGCCUCUUCCCACUGAAUGACCUGCAUAGUCAUUAAGAGUUACAUAGGGUUACAAGGGCAACUGGAUUACUGGGCUUGUCAUCCUAAGUGAUGUUACACAUUUAGUGAUGGCAAAACCAGUCCCAAUUGCUGUCAUAACCCUAUAAAGCAACUUUUGGUGGUUGAGAGUAGAUAAGUAUGUAAAUUGCUGAAUGUAAAUUGAUAAUUAAAUAUAAAUCUUUAAGCAUGGCUUAGAUUGCAUAAUCAGUAUGAUGAAAGUAAAAUUUGAAACUCAAAGAAUGCUACAGAGGCACCUGACUGUUAGAACAAGUGGUACAGAAAUACUUAAUUUCUUGACCUGUAAGGUUCUUUUCUGUUCUUUAUCAGUAAUGUUUUGGAGCUUCUCUUUGGCAAAGUGAAAUUACAUUUACACUUAAUUUAGAGGGAGUUUUGUUUCUUUCUUAAAUAUUUGGCUAUUAUGAACUAUAGAGAAGAGUAAGAUCAGAUGUGAAAUGUUAAAAAAAAGAAGUGAUUUUGUUUGAACGUGCAAAUGCUUUGUAGUUCUUUAUUCAGGGUAUGAAGCACAACAGUUUGAAAACACAGGUGGAAAACCAAUAUAUACAAAUGACUGGCAAUAAAUUGAUUUCUUAAGUGCAGAUUCGGAACUCCCCCCCCCCAAUAAAAAUGUUUGGAUCUAGUGAGGAAUCUAAAUUGGAGAGGGCAGCACAUGCCAAAAAGCUUUGCAGGAUAUAGAAGUAUACCAAACUCAGUGUGGUUACUUGUUCUAUGUUACUGCAAAACAGGAAGGAAUGAAGACAAACUGGUGAAGAAAUACCCAUUUUAUAUCAUCCUAUAUUCUGGAAUCAGGUAAACAUCAUAAACUGGAAUAAAGAGAGAAAGAUGGGUAGCAAAAAAGGAAAUAGGUUUAUUUCUCUCCUAGAGUGUGUAUGUCAGUUGACCAAGGGAGAAAUCUAGGAGAGGAAUGAAUAGAGAUUGAUCCUCUGGUGUUUCAGCAAAUCCUGCCUUUAGUUUCCAGAAAUGAUCAGUGAGCCAAACAUAUAAGGGGCAUUUAGAAGCCACAUUUUUAGGUAACGUUGGUUUCAUUUAAAAUUUAUAAAGUAAAAACCUCUGACGAAAUUUCAGCUCGUCCUUGUGAAUAAUGGAAGGAAUCACAUAGGCAUAUGUGAUUGGAAUAGUUUCAUAGAGAUUAGAAUUACGUUUUUUAUUAGUUUUGGAAAUAUAAAAUUGGUUUAUAUUUGUUUUCAUGUAGGACUUGUUUGGAAAACAACACAUUCAUUAAAAAUGAAACCUACACAAUUCAAACAGUUCGCUUCUCAGAAAUAUGUAGUAUGAGUUUAGGACUAUUUAAUUUUGUAUUUGCUCAAUAUUAACAUUAUUUUGGUACUUAAUCACCUGAUUCAUGAAAGUUUCUUUUAAUGAACUAUCUAAAUAAUAUUUAAGCCUUAAAACUCAUUAUUGUUAAGUACUUUUAUUGAAGCAGCAUCUUUUAUGCAACUGUAUAUUAAACAGUUCAUGACUUUGUUUUUCAGAAAGUCAGGUUUAGACUCACUGAUGUCUAAAAGAAUACAAUGAGUGAGUAACCUUUUCCUCCUAGCUCACAACGCUUCAUACUUAUAUAUUUUCUUUUACUUUUUGUUUCUUUAUCACUGGAGAAAGCAAUUUUGCUUGGAAGAGUUAGCUGUAAAAGGAAACUAGGCCGCCAAAGAACACGGUGGCUGGACUCCAUCAAAGUUGACACCAGCAAGAGUAUAAAAAAUUGAAAGAACUCAAGAUUGAAAGAUGAGGAGAGACGUGCCCAUAGAAUAGCUAAGAGUCAGACACAACUGAAUGGAUAAUGCCAUCAUUUGUUUCUAUGAAGAAACAAAACGCUUUUUCCAUCUCAUAACCACCAUCAUUAUGUGUAGUAUUUUAAAGAAUAUUGGAACUAGAUUGGCUCCUAUUUAAUUAAAGAGAAAUUACACAUAGUGCAUCUUAUAUAUUUUACAGUGUAUCACAUAGCAGAAGAUACAGCUAUGGAUCUUGACGUCAGAAAACAGAAUUAAAACUGUUUGCAGAUGAUAUCAAGAUAGCAAAAACCAAAUAUGUGUGAGAAGAGCUUUAGAACAAUCUUAUUUAAAUUGAAGAAUGGUUAAUCGAAUGCAAAUGCAGUUAAAUUUAAGUGAGUGUGAAAAGUGAUAGAUAAAAUAAAAUUCCCUAAUGGUACACACACAUGUGAUGGGGUCCGAGAUCUCUUUUUUUCAUCCUCGAGAAAGCUCUUAGGGUUACAAUGGAUGGCACAAUGAACAUAUCAGCUCAAUAUCUGGCUGCUGUGAAAAGGGCAGAUUCCAUGAGAGGAGUCUCUAGAACUGGGGUGUCAAAUUCAAGGCCCAGGGGCCGGAUCCAGCCUGCAGAGUGCUUAGAUCUGGCCUGUGGGCCGCCCUG